CGCCUUUCUCGAACAUUACCUUAGUAGGUUGUUUCAGUGUUCGGUUAUCCACUAGCCCACUUCCCCCAUCUCAACUCUAGAACUAUAAUCUAUCAUGUCGGUCAGUACAUUCUUCUCUUGGUUGGCUAUCAUCCGAACUAAGCUGAUCCCUUCACUAUCUUCUAGCUCGCAUCUGGGUAUGUUGAUACUUGGCUCCGUCGGGAGUGGAGGGGAGCUCGGUGUCUCUGGGACCAAGCUGACAUCGCCGUGCCUAAACAGUGUUUCCAUCGCGGAUGAGUGCAUCAAUGCAUUCAACGACUUCCGCAUGAGCGGAGGCUCCAAGACAGACAAGACCAAGUUCAUCAUCUUCAAGAUCGCCGACAACAAGAAGGAAGUCGUCAUCGACGAGUCCUCCAAGGACGAGGACUACGAGGUCUUCCGCAGCAAGCUCGAAGCUGCUAAGGACAGCAAGGGUAACCCCGCUCCCCGCUACGCCGUCUACGAUGUGGAAUACGAGCUCGGCGGCGGUGAGGGCAAGAGAAGCAAGAUCAUCUUCAUCUCUUGGGUCCCCAGCGACGCUCCCACUCUCUGGUCCAUGAUUUACGCCAGCACCCGUGAAAACCUGAAGAACGCCCUCAACAUCCACAACUCCAUCCACGCUGACGACAAGUCCGACAUUGAGUGGAAGACCGUCCUGGCCGAGGCCAGCGGUGGCAAGGCUGGUAAAUAAAUGACGGUGCCGGCUGGGUCCGGACCAGGGUAACUAUGCUGGUUGUUGCAUCGCAACGCAUCAUCUCGAAUCGCGGCGGAACCAGGAACGAAGCAGUUCUCUCCGAGUCUCCUGACACACUCUUAGUUCAAUAUGAGAUUGUUACGACCUGACUCUGCUUUGUUCUCUUUUCCUAUACAUAGUUACCGUAUAAUCUUCAGCGAUUCCGGCAAUUUGUGGGGUUGACACCGACUGGGCAGGGAUUAUUCGUGCUUGUUUGUUCAGCGUUCGCGUGUACAGAAUAGGUUACUGUUGGCCAGCAUGGAGAAGGACUGGCGCGGUGGGUGUAAAGUCAACACUCGGAAUUACAUCCGGGUCAUCAAAAGUCGAAGAUCGUGCUCUCUCCCUUCUCUUGCGAUGGCGUUGUAAAGUUGUCAAGUAAUAUUGUUGAGGUUAGGGAUGUGACUGACGUAGCUACCGGCUCUCUUGAGCGUGCGGAAGAAAUAGAAU